AGUCACACACAAACAGAGAUCACUUAGUUCAGCUUAAAGACACUGUGUAUUCCUGACAGAGUUCUUGGGCCAACAGAAGAAACUGGUGCAACAAGAGUACUUAGUUUCAUACAAGAAUCUUGGAGAAACAGCAGAAGAAAGCACCGGAUGCAGCAAUUUUGACAGUUGAAAUUGUUUUGUUCGUGUUUGUAUGCAAAAAGUAGAUCAGCAGAAUGGGAAACGCUCGAAUACUAGCAUUUUACAUAACAAUAUGCUGUGUGGCAUUCAUCAUUUCCAAGAUUAUCAUAUCAGUGCUACUUUACUUGAGAUGGUGCAAGAAGAGACUGGUAUUCCAGGAUAAAAUAUCAGGUGGGAAAAUGGUGAUCUUUAAAUCGUCAGUCAUGCGGUCACUUACCUCUGAGGCUUUCCUCAAAAAGACAAUGAAGUUAUCAACCAAAGACAUCAUUGGAUCUGGAGGUUAUGGCACUGUUUACAAACUUAUCAUAAAUGACAACAUCUCAUUUGCGGUAAAGAAGCUGAACAGGGACUGCGUGGAGAGGGAUCGUGGGUUUGAGCGGGAGCUUGAAUCUAUGAGUGAUAUCAAGCACAGAAACAUUGUUCCUCUUCAUGGGUAUUAUACUGCUCCACAGUUCAACCUUCUGAUAUAUGAACUUAUGCCAAAUGGAAGUUUAGAUGCGCUACUUCAUGGAAAAUCUGGCAACCGGAAACCCUUGGACUGGCCGACAAGGUAUAAAAUAUCACUAGGAUCAGCUCGUGGGCUAGCAUACCUUCAUCAUGACUGCAUUCCUCAUAUAAUUCAUAGAGAUAUCAAAUCUAGCAACAUAUUGCUUGAUCAAAACAUGGAGCCUCGAGUGUCAGAUUUUGGACUUGCCACACUAAUGGAUCCAGACCAAACACAUGUAUCAACCAUUGUAGCAGGCACGUUUGGCUACCUAGCUCCAGGUAAAUCUCAACUUAAAUGCCUAAUCAUUAUGGUCUCCUGCAUAACCAUAACCAGCGGUUCAUCUGCUUUCUUUCUCUUCUUAACAGAGUACAUAGAUACGGGAAGAGCAACUGAGAAGGGGGACGUUUACAGCUUUGGUGUCCUGCUGCUUGAGCUUUUGACUGGAAAGAGGCCAACAGAUGAAACAUUUAUAGAGGAAGGCACGAAGCUCGUAACAUGGGUGAGAGCAGUCAGAGAAAGCAAGAGGGAAGAAUAUGCAAUAGAUGACGGAUUAGCCUGUUCUCCCAUGGAGGAAGUCAAGCAGGCAUUUGAUAUUGCACUCAGGUGCCUGGAACCAGAUCCAUCUCAGAGGCCAACCAUGAGUGAGGUUGUCAAAAUGUUGGAGCAGAUCAAAUCAAAUAAGGAGUCUUUCAAUGCUUGAAUAUGAUCACAAUGCAAAGAGUUCAGUAUUGCUGUUAAGCAGAGGUGUUUACAUAUUUCCUUGACUGGUUGUAGGACUUAAAAUUUUUGAAAGACUGGCACCUAAUCUCUGACUUAUCUCUGUACAUUAUUUGUUACCAUACCAGUAGAUAUCAGACGCAUGAAAACUUAGCAACUGAGUAUCUGAUCUAACUCUGGUUAAAUAUGGUUUAUGUUCUUACUAUGCAUUGAUAAAUAUGGUGCUAACUGGGGCUAUAUGAUGAGAUAUACUAUGCCAAGGCUUCAUCAAGCACCAUGCUUAUAGAUCUUGAACAUGAUUGCUGCACCCAUUGACAACAUAGUUCUCAACAACAGUAACCUUAACAGAGAUACAAUUACUUGUUGCUUGAACACCUUUAUAAACUUAUAUUUCAUCAUAAAUCAGCUUAUCCUCCUAGAAUCAGCUAAGCUCCGAAAAUGUUUGAAGUUUGAACAUUAUGGUGCAGUUUAGCACCACCCUCUCUUACACAAUUGGUUCGAAGUUCAGAUGCAUAGUACUAUAGCUACUAUCAAGUGCACAUAAACGAGUGUCGAAGUAAACCCUCAGAGAGUCAGAUGGUUAUUCUCAUCAAAAAACACAACUUGUUUCCCUUAUUAGCCUUACACAAUAGAUGGUAAUAA